UUAGUUUGAUAGUCUCUGGCUUGACUCCCUUUGCCCCUGUACGUCUGGACCUACCCUAUUGUAAUAUAUAUUCUACAUACACCAACCAAAUGCAUCCAUUCAUUUGAUCCCCAUAUAUUGUGCAAAUAAACAUGGCGUCCUUCAAAUAUUACGCAGUCGUACUAGUAUGGAUAGCAGCUAAUAUUAUCUUGUUGGCAAAAUCAUCUAUUAUGUCGAAAGAGGAGGCAGAGGCUCUUCUCCGCACUGGUUGGUGGGGGAACACUAUUCCAGUUGACAACUCCACAAGUCACUGUAAGUGGGAAGGAAUAGCUUGCAAUAAGCUUGGAAAUGUCAUUGGGAUAGACCUUUCAAUGAAAUGUCGAUCAUUGAAUGAGUUAUUUUACUCCGACUUAGGGGGAGAGCUGGAGAAAUUGAACAUGUCUUCCUUUCCAAACUUGGCAAGUCUCAAUCUCAGCUAUUGUGGGCUCAAUGGAAGCAUCCCGUAUGAAAUCGGAAGGUUGUCGAAACUCAAUUAUCUUCAACUUUUUGGCAAUUCUCUUACAGGUACGCUGCCUCUUUCUAUGGCUAAUCUUGCCCAACUACUCGAGCUUGACAUCUCUUACAAUAGUAUCAGUGGCUCUAUCCCCUCAGAAAUUGGAAGGUUGUCGAAACUCAAUUACCUUAGCCUGUCUGGGAAUCAACUUACAGGUAUGCUGCCUCUUUCUAUGGCUAAUCUUACCCAACUACUCCAGCUUGGCAUUUCUUACAAUAGUAUCAGUGGCUCUAUCCCGUAUGAAAUCAGAAGGUUGUCGAAACUCAAUUAUCUUCAACUUUCUUACAAUUCUCUUACGGCUUGA